CCAGUUAAUGUGUAGAUGAAACGAGGCAUUCAAAUAUAGUUCGAGCCCAGAUUUUCGCACUGAAUUAAAGAUAUUUCGCAUAAAGCAACUCGUCAGCACUCUCCUAAAAAAAUUGAAUCAUUGUCCGUCUAUUACCCUGGUGCCAUUAUGCUAUUAAUCCAAUAGUAAAGUAAUUUUCAAAUUGUGCGCUGUAUAGUCGUCCAUUUAGACAAUAUAAAGGCAAGUUUAGGUCCCGGAACAUAAAUAAAUAUUGAUCUGCUUCAUUAGAUAAAUUUUCUCACUAUAAUUAUGAUCUAUUUGCAAUUCGUAUUAGAAUCGUAGUAUCAAAGUAUAAACUCGAACAGAGAAUGCGACACUCAGUUGAUGUGAACGGUGUGCCCACAAUGGAUUGUAAAACGGAAGAUCACCACGAAAAAAUCCUGCAGGAUGGCAUCCAGAAAAUUGUCAUCGUGCGACAGGAAAGUCUGGUCAGAAAUGGAAAUGUGCUGAGUUUAGUGGAUAUUUUGUUAGCGAUUUUCGUUGUCACUCCUCUAGUGGUCUUCGCAUGGAGAGGCUCCUGGGGAUUAAUGGAUAUUUAUGUCGAUUAUUUUCCAUUAUUAGGCUGCUUCUUAGUGGGUAUGGGGAUCCAUAUAUUUCUGGCCACAUGCCAGAACAGUUUACAUCGGGCAAUUGUUGAAUCCGAUAAGCAUUGGACGUUGAAAAUAGUGUCACAAUUCUUACGAAGAUGCUAUACUUACCUGUUUUUGACUGCCACUGUUUUACAUUGGAGAGGUGGCUGGGGGCUGCUGGACUAUCUGACGCAAGUCCAAUUUUCCGAAGAGUUUGUCGCUCAACCCAAAGGAAGCCACUGGUUUCUAAUCACUUGGGUUUUAUGUGUGGUGAUGUUGGUCAUCCUUAAGGGGCUGAGAAACUCCAUUGCGCCCCCUUUUGCCAUUUGCAUCGAUAAAAGCGACUACGUUUUCAAGUUUCCCACCAUGUUCAGUGGAAAAAGCCAGAACAAUAUUUUCCUCUGCUGUCUGGACGCGAGUUUUUCCGUAGCUUUCCUAGGCAACUUGGUGGUGGUUUUCUGGAGAGGAUUGUGGAUCCUCACAGAUUUCCUGCUUUUUCCUAAUAACGUGGUCUGGGCGGCCUGGGCCAGUUUGGUUCUAGGUCUGGUUUUGGUUGGGCUGGAAUUCCGGCUGCAAGCGCGCGUGAAAAUCUUAUGUACAACCUAUUCUGGAGCCAGGAAAAUUGCUGUAGCUGACGCCUACAUUACACUGUCCUGUGUAGCUACAAUCCUCUACUGGAGAGGCGUUUGGUCGCUGACAAACAUCUACUUUCUUCCGCAUGAUCCGGUCCUCAGCUGCAAAAUCACCCACCUGGUAGGCUUCAUGUUCCUGGUAAUACUUAACUGUUCAAACUCAACGCUGGUCCGGGGAGUUUACACGGAUGGCCAAGAAUCCAACGGGGAAUGCGUGGUGUUUCCUUGCCAGUACCUAAGAAUACUUCUGGAGCAGGAAAAUGAGAGCGAAAGCGACGAAGGCUCGAACAGUAGUGCGGAAAAAAUGAUAAACAAUCUAGACAAUGUUACUGUGUAAUUUUCGUUUGGAGAUAAAGACUUUGCAAACACCA